GGGAGGCCUGUAGGUCGCGGCCACAAACCCAGUGUAUUGGUGCUGGAGACCGGGGGCCACCGGGGAGACCGGGGGUCCUUGUUUUGAUCGGUGUAAGGCGGCUGUAAUAAUACAGCUCUGUCGUCGUGUCCUAAUGUAUCGAGGUGCUGGAUAUAUUUCACACUCCUGAACCGCGUUUCAUCAUGUUUAUCGAAAUUUCCCGAGCUAUUGCGCAACACCGGACUUUCCGGGCGGAGAGUCGGAUUUCUCAGCCCUGCUUCCUGCAUGUGGUGAUGAAACCUCUCAGGUCGCUCUCCGAGCGUAAACACCACAAGCCCGAUAGACUGAAGAGGAGCAGAGCGGAGCACAGCGGCUAGCAGAGAGGUGCUAAACUGUAAAGGUAACAGUCUGUAAGAAAAGUUGACUCAAGCAAGAGUCCUAAACGCAGCCACUAUGAAUGUGUGUCAAACAAUGACGACAGAGGAGACCCUCACAUGUCUCCACAUUUAUCUCUAUCAUCCUGAGCAAGCCAGCCAGCCUCUCUACAACCUGUUGCCAAUGAAUCGCCUUCACAAGAUGAGUGCUGAAGAAUCAGUCAGGCUGGGGCGAGACGGACAGACCUGCACUUUUGUCCUGAACGAUGCUCGUGUCUCCAGAAAGCAGAUUUCUUUCCAGGCGUAUCGCAAAUCUGGUAGUGCAGACCUGCGCUUCACUGUCCAGAACAUUAGUCAGAAAGGCAAGGUUGUGGUCAACGGCUGUGAAAUGGGACACCUUGAGCGAGUCGAUCUUGAGGAUAAGGCGCUGCUCCGAUUUGGCAGGUACGAGAUGCUGAUUUUGAGGGAACCUGGCGAAUCACAGGACAGUUUUGAGGUUCUGUUUGAGAAGCAGAACAUCCCCCCUUCACGAGAAAUGGGCAUGGAUGUAAGCUUCAGGUCAGCGGUGAUGGAUACAGGUAUGAGAAGCUAUCAGAAUGGAGGACCUGUUAGUCAAGAGCCACUUGAGUUUGACGAGACUGUUUGAGUAGCUGUUGGGAAAGAAUCCAGCUGUUUACGCUGAUCCAAACAUGAGUUCACCAAGCUGUGCUUUUGUGGUUAUUAUUAGUGUCUGAAAAGGAAAGGCUGCUGUUGAAUCAGCAAAAAUGACAGUUUUUUCAUUUCACAGAGUGAGAAAACAAGCGGGUUUCCACUUUGAGACUUUGACUGUUCUUGUUAAUAGUUUGAUUUCUGAUUCACUUUUUUGACUGUUACUUAAAAUUCCAUGUCUUUUUUUCUUCUGUGGAUCACUUAAAAUAUAUGUGAAGGUUUAUAUCCCGAAAACAAUGUUUCAUUUUCCUACUGCGCAGUGAAUCUGAUAAUCACUCUUUAAAGCUCUAUGUAAUUAAUGGACUGAACAAAACAUUGAGUAGCAUUUUGACUGGAACUACUAGCUAAUUGUAUUUUUCUAAACACUGAGCCGGAGGUUUACCCCCUCUCCAUGUACAAGUAUGCUUAUCUUAAAGUAUUUACACUAGUAUUCAUAGCAAUAUUGUGAUCCUGAGAUCUUCUGUAUAACAUUAUGAUAAAGUACCAUGCAUUUAUUGAGUGAGCGUUCAUGUGUUACACGUAUGAAGUAUAGACAGGACUACCCUGAAAUGUGAGAAAUAGCUAAUGAAGCCUGACACUCUGUAUUAACUUUAAUAAACUAAAAUUUGUAAAGCU